CAGAGUAGGGUGCGGUAACUGGUCCUCCGGGAGAGUGAAUGGAGUCGCUGAUCCUCCAGGAUAAGGGAUGCGGUUACUGGUCCUCCAGGAUAGGAGGUGGGGUUACAGGUCCGCCAGAAUAGGGGAGGGUGCGACUACUGGUCCUCCAGGAUAGGGGGUGCGUUUCUCUGUCUCCGGUUCAGACCAGCGGUGCUAAGAUGGCGGAGGAAACAGUGCAGAGUUCGGUUGGGCCCGGAGUUUUGCAAGAAAUCUUCACCAGCCCGCUGAACGUCAGCCUUCUUUUCCUCUGCCUAUUCCUCCUCUACAAGAUCGUGCGGGGGGAACGGCCGCCUGAGGCCGAACCCGCGGAUCGCCAAGAGGAGCUGCCGCGGCUCCGGGGGGACUUCACCCCGGCCGAGAUGCGGGAAUAUGACGGCGAAGUGAACCCGCGGAUCCUCAUCGCCGUCAAUGGCAAAGUCUUUGAUGUCACCAAAGGAAAGAAAUUCUACGGACACGAGGGUCCUUAUGGCAUUUUUGCUGGAAGAGAUGCAUCGAGAGGCCUUGCUACAUUCUGCCUGGAUAAGGAGGCACUGAAGGACGAAUAUGAUGACUUGUCUGACCUCAAUGCCAUGCAGCUGGAAAGCCUUCAGGAGUGGGAGAUGCAGUUCACCCAGAAGUACUAUUAUGUUGGAAAACUCCUGAAACCGGGAGAGGAACCCACAGAAUACACGGAUGAAGAAGAUACGAAAGAUGGAAAAGAGGCUAAAGAAUUGAAAAAGGAAUGAAGUUCUGCAGUUUGAAGAGAUCUAUUUUUGUAGAAUUGAUCACGCAACAACAACCUUGUAUUGAAUUUUUGGAGUAAGAUUUCUGUGGGGUUGGGGAGGGCAUGAUUAUUGCAACUGUUCAGUCUCAUCACUUUGACAGAUGUUUUGUGGCGCAUUGAGUGAGGGUGUGGCAUAAAUUGUAUGGAGGGAGGUAUGUCAUUCUAAAAACAGCACUGAGCUGUAAAUAUUGUAAAACUGUAAUGUAACACUAUUUAUCCCAGCCAAGGCAGAGCAGCCUAGUCUGAUAAUCAAGCUACCCAAUUCAGUCAGGAUAAUUUGAAAACGUAACCAAUGUUUUCCCUCAUUUCUUUAAUAGGAGAAGGCAAAGGCCUUUACACACUAGAAAUUAAGUUUGGAGAAAUGCCUUGAAGGUACAGCAGGGAAACAGGCCAUUCAGCUUGGCCAGUGCGGGUCGAUGUUUACCUUUCAUGCGAGCAAAUAGUAUUAAUCACAUUCCCGCUGAGUUAACCUUUAUUUGGCUUAAGUUGAGCAACUAGCAGUGUUUUUGUUCCAGAAAAAUGUGCAGCACCAGUUUACAGCUGUGUAGUUACUGUAAGGUCAGCAGUUAAUUCUGUUCAAAUGUUGCUUGUCUUGUGUAAAUGCAACAGAGCCUUUCUUAUCAGUUGCAGUGCCUCAGUGGAAGUACAUAGCAAUAUCUGAACAGGAUAACUUUCUGAGGGUCAUGUUUCGCGGGAAAUAUGUGGAACAAGCUCAGUUAAAACCACAUUCCCUUUAAAAUAAUGGGCCUAUGAAGCAAACCGUUUUAAUAUGCAUGUGAAAUCAUUCCAGUAGUUAACCAACAAAAAAAAGCAGAAUGUUUUUUUCUGUAGUUUUUCUAAUUGUAGGGAUAAGGUGACCUGUUUCUAUGUCAUUCUAUAAUCCUUGUACAACAGCCGACACAAGUGGAAGGCUGAUGUGUGUCCUCUUCAGAGAAAUGUGCUUUGUAAAAAAAAAUUCAAAUCCCAUGUUUGCAGUAAAUGUAUGCCUAACUAGGUUAAAUGUUGCAUACUAACAAAGUAUGAUUGAAUCUGUACAAAUACACAUCAGAUGAUACUGAAAGGCAUCCGUGUUUACUUUUGCUGAAAUAAAGAAUGUCGUUACUUGGAAUUCAAAA